UAUUAUUAUCUGAAAAUAAAACCUAGAGAUGUGGGUGGAGAUUGUGUUGUUGUUUGUGUUAGUGUUGGUGUACGCGGUGCUGAGGGACAGGCGCCCCCGCAACUGCCCCCCUGGUCCAGUGGAGAUCCCAUUUUUCGGACGACUUCCGAUUCUCGAUGAAGAAAGUGGCGAACGUUUACGAAAAAUCUACGGUGACAUUGUCUCGCAUCGCACAGGGUCCAUUCGCAAGGUUUACCUCUUCGAUUACGAAACUGCUAAGGAGGCCAUGGCGAAAGUUGAGUUCUCCAACCGCCCCGACUUCUUCUCAGCCUUCAGCGUGGACGAUCAAAAAGUUGGAGGUUUGCUCAGCAGCAACGGCGCCCACUGGCAACACGACCGCCGCUUUGUGCUCCGCAACCUAAGAAACCUCGGUAUGGGCAAGAGUUACCUGGAGGAAGCCAUCAACAUCGAAGCCAAGGCGCUGGUGGAAGACCUCAAGAAGUACGGCGGUGAAGCCAUCAACUACCCCGACAGCUUCAGGACUGUGGCGCUCAACAUCAUCUGGCAGAUGGUGGCCAGCACUCGGUACGAUCUGCGUUCUGACGAAGUCAAAGCCAUUUACAGCAUCACCAAGGACUUUCAGAAGAACUUUUCACCACUUACAUUUUUACCCAUGUUCAUUCCUGCUUUGAAUCAUUUGCCAAAGUCAGUCAAGAAUCUCAUUUUCAUGGAGGACCAACUCGAGAGAUGCAUAGAGGAAAUUGAAAAAGUCGUGAAUGGAGCCGUGGACAAGCACCUGGAGGACUAUGACCCCGACAACCCCCGGGACCUCAUAGACGAGUACAUCAAAGACAUGAAGGAGAACGAAGGAGACGACAACUCCCUCUUCAGAAGAGGAGCGCUGAACCAAAUUGUUAACGACCUCUUCUUCGCGGGCUCGGACACGGUGAACCACAUGCUGAAGUGGGUGGCCUACCUGCUCGCCCGGUAUCCAGAGUACGCAACGAGGAUGCAGCAGCAAAUAGACGCUGUCGUGUCCGGGGACCGCAUGGUGUCGCUCGAUGACAAACCGAGCUUGCCUUUGGUUGAGGCAUUCACGGUCGAAGCUUUGCGGUACUCAUCCAUGGUGGUGUACAACGUUGAAAGGACAGCCACCCGUGAUACAAACUUCAAAGGAUACUUCAUCCCCAAGGGCACCACCGUGCAAGCAGCCAACUACUCCAUCCACCACGACCCGCGGUACUGGGACGACCCCCACAAGUUCUACCCUGAACGAUUCCUGGACGACAGCGCCACCAAGUACACGGCCCCCAAGCAGGGCUUCUUCGCCUUCGGUUCUGGUCGUCGUCAGUGCGUGGGGGAGCUGCUGGCCCGCAUGGAGUUGUUCCUCUUCACCGCCGCCAUCGUCCAGCACUUCGACGUGCGCCCCCCGCACGGCGUCGACAUCACCACGACAGCCAUAGUUAAUUUGGCGGGAGCUCGUGUGCCUGCAGAUAAAAAGCUUGCCUAUAGACCAAGAGACUAAUGCACAGACCUGUUCUAAAAAAAAUGAAGUUAAUCUUUUGGUCGUACGGCCCACAUGAACGUAGCUGUAGUUAGCUUUCAAAUUGUAAAAAACUUUUGUGUUUAAUCUUCUUAACACGACCAAUACAUAGAAUCACCACCUAAAUCACCAUGGACUGAUUAAAUGGGGGUUUUGGUAUAUGCUACAAAAUGACACGUUUUCGCUCUUCUCUCUAAAUCAGCAUAUUAUGCUCACUAUCCGAAAGUGCACGAGAUAUUGAAUAUCCAAAUUGUCAUAAGCAGCUGCUGGCGCAUGUCAGUUAUCUUUAAUUAUAUAUUGAGCGAAUAAUACCAAUCCAUUAUAUUAUAUAUUGAGCGAAUAAAGGAUCCAAUACAUGUCCACUACUUGCUCGUAUACAGUUCAAUUCGAAAAUUGAGCUUUUAUAGUUACUUCCGCUUGGUGCAACAUGAAUUUCAAUCAUUGUGUCAAAAUACCUGAGCUUUUUGAUUUUUCAAAUUUGAUUCCCCGUUUGCAUAUUAUUUCCGGUUGCUAGAGGUCCUAAUGGCUCAACAUACUUGUUUCUGCUCGUAAACUUAGCAUACCAUUCAAAUUAAGCCGACUCCCAUUCCUCCACACCAUGGCGCUGUUUUUCUAGCGGUCGUCUUGAGACAGACGCCUGAGCUCGUAGCACUUAUACAAUCCGAUGGCCGGUGGAUAGUGUUAAAUUCAUAUGGCUUGUUUUAAGGAAGAAAAAAAUAGAGAAACCAUGAACCAUUACACUUCCCACUUUCAAAUAUAGACUUAAUGAGACUAUACUGGAAUUAAUAGUUCAGCUUUAAAAUAUGGACAACGAUCAUAGAACAGAACUUUGAACGCAACCUCCCUUUUCAGGGGAAGGAAACUAUUCAUUCUAUCUAUAUAGUGGUACAAGGAAAACUUUCAGCAAACUAAUAAUUUAUUUAGGUAAUUCUGGCGCACAGAAAUGAAUCCGCCCCAGCUGCUGUCCGGUGGAAGUCCUCUGAUUUGGGACCACGCGUACGGGAUUUCUCGCCCUUAGAGCUCGCUACUUAACGAGUAGUUCGGCCAGCCUUGACUUUUUAUUCAAAAUUUCAACAAUACAUCUCUGGUUUUAUUGUUACAAAGGCAAUGGCUGUUUUGGCAGGCCCUGAAUAUCCAGCUAGAAACCGAAACCAAUAAAUGCUAUCAACUACCGCUGGCUAUCUAUUUUUUGUAAAUUGUGUAACUACUAGAAGUGGCCGUCACUAUCAACAACGCUGCAGGGCUCACGAGCCCUUUAUAAAGAAGCGUAUAAUCUCAAAACUAAGUGAAAAACAACUUGAUAUGAGCGUAGAACUUCGACAGUAAUUUAUUACGAACUUGUCUCUCUUUUGGAAUUAACAUGUGAAUUCGUCCCAUCUACAGUCUGUUGAACCACUCUGAAGAUAAAUUGCGCAUUAAAAUUCAUUAUACAGAGUUGCCCCUUCUCCGGAAGACGAAUUUCCCUCGUUUCGAUUCCCAAACGUCGCAUUCGUCUGUUCACGGGUGGCUAUUUACGAAACGCAAUCGAACAGCACAAUCUGCCACCUGCCCAUCUUACAACGAACGUCACUAUAUGUACACAGAAAAUUUUGGACCCUUAGGCGUCUCAGUAUGAGUCUUCACCUGGACGCGUCGGAUGUACCAGGUGAAGAACAGAACAAUGCAGGAAUAUCCACAUUUUAUUGCCAAUACCUAAAAUGGUGCCAACAAUUAUUUGUUUGAUUAUUCUUUAGUAAAUGAUUGAUGAUU